UGUAACGAUAAAAAAAAAACAAAAACAAAACCAAACGCAACAAAAAAUAUGUUUCAAAUUCCACGACCAACGCGGGCAACACUGCUCGGCGCAGUCAUUGCGCUUGGCAUGGUGAUGUUAAUAUCCUGCGUGCGUCCUUUGGGUGUCCUGUUCCUGGGCCUGUUCAGCUAUUGGCUCUAUUGGACACGGUGCAGCUAUAGAGUGGUGCUCACGCCGCAGCUGCGCGAAAAGCUCGAGUCCUGGCUGCAUCGCGCCGUCGACUGGCGCCACAACUCGCCCAGCAUGUUCUGCCUGGUCAGCGCCGGCUGCCUGGCCACAAUCGCCGUUUUGGGCCACCUGUUGUCCGGCUCCGUGCUGGUGAUGACCCUGCUGGUCGUCUCCGCCGUCGUCUCCACCAAAUACAACUUUAAGCUUGUACAUAUCGAACGCAGAGAUUUCCAGUGGUCGGAGCGCAUCAACUACAAUAAUGCCGUGUCCGAGCUGGAGGAUGAGUUCCUGCCCGACGUCAACGAAUCGAAUCUGUUUGUGCUGGAACGGGCCAGCGAUGUGGCCACCAUUAGCUCACCCACCGACGCGGACGGCCUUGGCGAUGGCGACGAUGACGAUCGCAGCGACGACGUGCCCUCCGAGCUGCUGAUACCCGAUUGCAUACCAGAGAUCGAUGAGCAUUCAACGGACGAGGACGAUGAGCUGGUGCCCCUCUCACAGUCCAAGCAAGCUGCGGAAGCACAGCAGCAGCAGCAGCAGCAGCAGCAGCAGCAGCAGCAGCAGCAGCAACAACAA